AUGAGCUCCUUCACCGAGUCUCUCGCGCAGUAUCGCGAGCCGGUAGGCAGUGCCGGUGACAGUGUCGACUUUUUGCUCAAUAAGCGGAAGCUGCCGUCGACAGCGAUCGAGCGGGUACCUGGCGUCGCAGAGCUAGAGGUUAUGAUCAGCGGCAGCUUGGACGCACCAGGGAGUGCGCGCAGCGGCCGCCAGCAGGACCAGGGCCAGGAGCUCGCACGCUCACUCCAAUCGGCAAACUUUCUGGUGCCAAAAGCAGUGCUCGCACGGGGCAGUGGCGAGUCAUUUUCUCCCUCUCUUCUCAGUCGACUGAAGUUCGGCAGAAGUGGGGCGAGUCCGAUGGACUUCUCGCCAGUAUUCAGUAACUUUCCGCACGUCAAACCGCAGCUCCUAGAGCGAGAUACACCCGAAGCUCAGGCUAUUCGGCGGAAGCUGCUCAGAGGUGCACAGGUUCUCAUUUUCCAGGCCGGAUACAGUGGUAAGCGAUUUAUCUUUGAACAUUUGAAGGAACUUGGGGUCAAAGUUAGCAUUCUGGAUGGCCCUGACAGCUGGGCGAAAUGCCUCGUCGACGAGGACGUCAUCGAGUCCUACAUUGAAUUGGAUUUUACAGACUACAACACCCUUUUUGAGCGUGCAGUCGAUGCUAUUCUUGAUUCCGGAAUAACGUUUGACGCUGUGGCCACAUUUUAUGAGGACGCAGUUGCCGUGGUUGCCCGUUUGGCAGAAGCUCUGAACUUGCCUGGAAACCCGAGCGCCGCCUGCCAAGCAGCUCGGAACAAGUAUGUCACCAGGGAAAUCAUGCGACAACAUGGUUUGGCGACGCCCAAAUGCUACCGCAUCACCGAUGUGGUGGAUCUGGAGCCUGCGGGUCAGCAUGUGGGCUUCCCGGCAAUCCUGAAACCUGCGUUUGGCGCAGCCUCCAUGGGCGUGCAUAAAGUGUCGAGUCAAGAUGAGCUGGUCGACACAUUUCGGGCGAUCCGUGCGACAAUGGAUGUUCAUCUUGAUACAAUCUGGACUCAGGGCACGGAUCUGCUGCUCGAAGAGUUCUACGAUGGCGAUGAAUUCGAUGUCGAUGCGCUCAUGUCGAAGGGUGAGGUUGUCUACGCCUCCCUGUCCGAUAAUUGGGCGUGCUGGGAGCCUUGGUUCCAGGAGACUGGCAUGAACAUUCCCUCGCUGUACCCGGAGGAAAAACAGGCGGAGCUGAAAGCGUUCGCAUCGCAGACACUCCGAGCGCUGGGGUUCACAGAUGGGGCCUUCCACGUUGAAGUGAAGUACACCUCCAGAGGACCGCGUUUGAUAGAAGUCAACGCCCGCAUGGGAGGUAUGUGCGUUCGUGACGCAAACUUGCGCACCUGGGGCGUUGAUCUCGUCGAAGAACACAUCAUGACUGCGCUCGGAAUUCCCAUCCGUCCGCGGAUGCCGCCAGAGCCCCUCGUCUGCUUCGCACAGGCAGCCGUUAACGCUCCGUAUUCAGGUAUUGUGGAGCGUAGCGAUUGGCUCGAGGGUCUUGACAAGUACGCGCACUGCCGUUUGAAACGUUACCUUGCGAAGGCCGGUGCCAAGGUCACCGGCCCCGAGGAUGGGAUGCCGGACUGGGUCGCGGAAAUCAUCUUUGAAGGUCCUGAUGUCUCCGAACUGUUGCGGGAGAUGCGCGAGGCGGUUCAAAGUCUGCCAGUGCCUAUAAGGCCGUUCAAGGAGGACGCACGCCGUGGAUGGUUCUUUCCCGAUUUUGCGUAUCCCUUUGUACGCCCCGAGGUGCACGCAGUUUCGGAGAACUCGGCAAACAAUUGA